UUCAGUGAAUGUAACGUUCUACGGUGCGGAGGUGUGGGUGCCGAGGGUGUCGUGGAUACCGAACAAGCAUUAUUCCGGGGUGUACGGCCUGCUGAAGUUGAUACUGCCGGACGCGAUACGGGAGGAGCGGGUGCUCGUGCUCGACACGGACGUGACGGUUUUGAACGACCUCGGCCUGCUGUGGCGAAUGUUCGACGAGUUCCUGCCCGGCCAGACCCUCGGCCUGGUCGAGAAUCAGAGCAAUUGGUACCUGAAGGCGUUCUCGUACGGCGGCCAGCGGCCGUGGCCGGCGCUCGGCCGGGGUUUCAAUACCGGCGUUAUGCUGAUGCACCUCCAACGGCUGCGCGUCCGGGGAUUCGCGAACUCGUGGCUGACCGUCGCCAAGCGAGUGCUGGCGUACAUACCGAAGACCAGCCUGGCCGACCAGGACGUGAUAAACGCGGUGGUCAACGAGCAGCCGGGCAUUGUAUAUAGGAUCGAGUGUACCUGGAACAUUCAGCUGAGCGAUCGCACGAUGAGCGACGCCUGCUAUCGCGACGCCAACCACAUAAACAUCCUCCAUUGGAACUCACCGCGGAAGCAGGAGGUGCGCAACAAGCACGUCAACGAGUUCCGCAAGUUGCACCGGCUUUUUCUCGAGAUGGACGGCAAUCUGUUGCGGAGACGCUUGUUCGGCUGCGACAGGCACGAAAGUGCGCCUCCAUACAACGAGUCGAGCCCGUGUCGGGAAUUCGAGAAAGGCGCCGGCAUCUUGUACCGCACGCAUCCGUUCCUCUUGGAGUACGAUUAUAGCGUGUACUCGCCGGUGGACGUGGCUCUGGUUACCCAGUGCAGCGUCGAGAGGAUACCGCUGUUGGAGGCGUUGUCGAGACACUGGCCGGGCACCAUAAGCAUUGCGAUUUACCUGACCGACGCCGAGGUGCAGAACUUUCUGGACUUCGUGCGGGGCUCGGCGGACCUGCGCGCGAGACGGAACAUCGCUUACCACGUCGUCUACAAGGACGGAGAGCUUUAUCCCAUCAAUUACUUGCGAAACACCGCGAUGUCGUACGUAUCGGCUCCUUUCAUCUUCCAACUCGACAUCGAUUUUCUGCCGCAAUUUGGAUUACACGAAAGUAUCAUGGGCUACGUUAAUAAAUUGGGUGUGAACGAGUCGGACAAGGUAGCUCUGAUCGUGCCGGCAUUCGAGACCGAACGCUACAGAUUCGAUUUCCCCGCCGAUAAGGAAGAACUAUUGAAGUUUCUCAAACGCGGAAUUUUGUACACGUUUCGCUAUCAUGUCUGGACGCAGGGCCACGCCGCCACGAAUUACAGCGUUUGGCGGAGCAGCUCGGAACCGUACGAAGUAUCAUGGGAGCCGGAUUUCGAGCCUUACAUCGUAGUUUCGAAAUCCGCUCCGCGAUAUGACACGAGAUUUAUCGGAUUUGGAUGGAAUAAAGUUUCCUACGUGACCCAUUUAACAGCGCUCGGUUAUAAGUACAUAGUUCUGCCGGACACGUUCAUUAUUCAUCGACCUCACGCCCCUAGUCUAGACAUCGGCAAAUUUCGGACCGAUUCCGUUUACAGAAGAUGUCUGAAAAGAUUGAAGGACGAAUUUGUCAGAGAGCUGAUGGAGAAGUACGGCGAGGCUGCGUUGUCGAAACUUAAGAGAGAGACCAAAAGAGAGAGAGAGAUUGAGAGGACACGAUGAUAUAUUUUAUGUCACGAUUUAUUUAAGAGAUACACAACGUGCGAUAAAGUGCGAAGCGCAAUAUAUAUGUAUAUUUUUUCUCGACGACGGGGAAAAUGUAUGAUGGAUAUUUUCCUAAGAAUGAUAUACACACUUUUUUAAAUAAAAUAUACUCUACGUUUAUUUACCGGUUUACUUACUAAAAAUAAUAGGAGCGUCGUUACAACAGGAGGUGCGUUAACGGAAAAGAACUGGCGGUAGAGAGGGGGAGAAAGGAGGGGGAAGUAGACAGAAAGCAACAUGUGGCGGGUUGGGAAGUAUUUAUUAAAAUUUAACUCAUAUAUAUAUAUAUAUAUUUAGUGGAGUGUACAGAGUGGUGCGCUUUUAGUACAUUAUCGUAAUAUUACAAUCACACUAAAUAUUUCAUUUAUAAAAUAUGUAUAAUAUUUACAACGCGCGCCGGUGUUUCGGAUCACAUCGUGUAAAUCAUACUCGGUCUAGAAACGCGUCACGAAAUCACGAAAAUUUCAAAUGUCCGUUACGUAAUCCGGUGUGUGUCCUUGGCGAAGGAUUACGGUAAUGACGACAAUAAUGGCGGCAUCAGUAAUGACGUAAACUUAACAGCGUAAUACGGUGUAAUAGUAAUAAGGAUAUGCGACACUUUCACGAGGUUACGAGCUUCCCUUUUCCUGAUAGGUCCGAGGUGUGUCGACCUUCCUUUCGACUUACAGGACUAUUUUGUCGUAAAACCACUUAGGAUUAAGAAGACCCGAUAUGAGACCUCGCGAUUUUCGCAAAAAACUACGGUAAUAAUUAUAGUAUUAUAUAUAAAAAGUGUAAAAAUUACAGUUAUAUAUUAAAGAAAAGGUUGUAAUAGUAAUGGUAAACCAAUAAUAAUAACAAGGAU